AUGUCCAACGAUAUAUCUCAAAAUCGAUCUGGUCUGAAAGAAUUUCUUGCCUCCAUAGCGACCAUCUCGGGCGAUCUUUCAAACAUUACUGCACCGCCAUUCGUACUGGCUGAUAACUCAACCGUGGAAAUACCGCAGUAUUGGGCAGACCACCCAUACCUAUGGGCCGCGCCGGCAACCGAAGAAGAUCCGGAAAAGCGGGCGCUUCUCGUGUUGAAGAACUUCCUUGGCUCACUACGCGGUCAGCAGUAUGGAGGGCGCCAGGAAGAGGACGGUGUGAAGAAGCCUUUGAAUGCUUUCCUCGGGGAGCUCUUCCUCGGAAGCUGGGAUAUAGAAGAGCUUGGUGAAACGAGGCUCGUAUCUGAGCAGGUCGGACACCAUCCGCCAGUCACUGCGUGCUAUCUGUGGAACGACCGUGUUGGUAUCCGCGCAGAGGGUUUCACGGAACAGGAAAUUACCUUUUCCGGCAAUGUCGCCAUCAAGCAAAUGGGCUACGCAAUUGUUCACCUCGAUAAAUACGACGAGGAUUACCUGCUUCCCUUGCCCAACAUCAAAGUCAAAGGCCUCCUCAGUGGCGUCCCACAUCCUGAGCUGUACGGCGACUACUCGCUCAUCUGCUCUAAUGGAUACAUAUCGCAUAUCCAUUUCGAGGGCAAGUCGCUGCUGGGGUCCGGCCAAAAGAAUGGCUUUCACGCGCGCUUCUUCCACAAGGACAACCCAUCCGAUACCAUCUACACCAUCCAAGGCACGUGGAACAGCACAUUCAGCAUUAGCGACGGGCAUAGCGAAAAAGAAAUCGAAACCUUUGACGUGCGCAGCAUCCAACACAAACCCAUCACCGUGGCCCCUCUCUCCUCGCAAGACCCCUGGGAGUCGCGCAAAGCCUGGCACGACGUCAUAACCGCGCUGCACAACGGCGACAUGAAAGCCGUCGCAGCCGCCAAAUCCAAAGUCGAAACCGGCCAGCGCCAAAUGCGCAAAGACGAAGAAGCAGCAGGCGAAACCUUCCAACCCAUCUUCUUCGAACGCGUAACUAACGACCCCGUCUUCGACAAACUCGUCCAGUACGAUGGCCACCAUAGCUACACCGUCGACCACAAAGCCGGCAUCUGGAAAGUCGAUAAAGAAGCUGCAGCUACAAAAGCUAGUCCGUUCCACCCGCUUCGCACGCCAUGCAACCAGCCGCGCGCUGCAUCUCAGUCCCGGCACCAAGACAGCGGCAGCAGCGUUAGCACCGGCAAUAGCAAUGCCAAUACUAAUAGCGACAGCGACAGCGCUCUAGAACACAGCCAGGGUCCACGCGGAAACGAAAAAAACGUCUCGACUAAUAAUUACAAUUAUAACCAUAAUCAUAAUCAUAAUUCUCCUACCGCUGUUACUGCCGCUGCUCCGGCUCCGGCACAAAAUGCCGACGACGAGCCGUCUAGGGAACAAAUUGAGGAUUUUUUGAGAGCGAGAACGGGGAAUGUGCGGUAG